UCUCUGAGAGUGUGGGAGGGAGACAGACAGAAGUGGAUGGCCCAAGACCCUGAUGCACAGCUUUGAAAAGCAGGAGCGGGAUUUUGACUUUGGGAUCAUUUCACUCCAGACCUCAAAAACAGUGAGGUGGAAUAUUGAAGUUUGUUUUGUUUUUUUGUUUUUUUUUGUUUUAAUUUUUUCCUCUUUUUUUACCUCACCUGGAAGAGAGGACAAGGAGCUUUGCAGGGUGGACUGUGAAUCAGAGGGUCCAGAUGGCAACCAUGAUGGGCCCUGCCUUCGUUCAAGUCUGGCUCUAGAGUCCACAAGGGCUCUCACUUCAACCGGACACAUUUCAAAGGACGUGUGCCCAUGAGGUCGUCACCACUGGUCCUGCUCCUCCUGAUUGGCGUCCAGGCUGUAUUGAACAUGGGAGGUGGAUUGACCCGGAGUACYGGGACAACCAAUCGCAGAGCAGGACAGCAAGAAACAGCAGCCAGGGACCACCUCUCUCAGGACCACACUUUGCAGCAGCAUCAUAGGACCACCCAUCACAGGACCAAGAGGCCACACCGGGCAGCUUCGAACACGCAGAGCAGGAGCCUCGUCGUCGGUCGCUCCGCAGCGGGUUCUUCCCCCGACCCUUCAAGCCUAGUUGUGGACCCCAAGCUCUUCUCCAAGAGGCGCUACCGCCCCUCGCCCCGUGUUGUCUUUAGUGAGGAGCCCCCGUCACACGAUGCCCUGGAAGGUGAGGACUAUAUCACUGAAGGUGUCAGAGGAGUCAGGGUGAGGCGCAAAGCAGGAUCACACACCAUGCAUCGAGGGGAGUACUCAGUAUGUGACAGCAUAAACACCUGGGUGGGAAACCUGACACGAGCCACAGACAUAGCUGGAAACGAGGUGACCGUGCUCCCCAAUGUCACAAUCAACAAUGUGGUAAAGAAACAGUUCUUCUACGAGACCACCUGCCGAUCCCCAACACACAGGGGCUCCGCGGCCGCAAACGGGGGGCGGCCUGGAGGACGAGGAGGAAAACGGGGUUCCAAAUCAGGCAACUCGGGUUGUCUCGGCAUUGACAGUCGCCACUGGAACUCUUACUGCACCAACACACACAUAUUUGUAAGUGCCCUGACCGUCUUUAAGGAACGGACAGCCUGGCGUUUUAUCCGCAUCAAUGCCGCGUGCGUGUGUGUUCUCAGCAAGAAGUCUUAUCAUUGACAGAGGAGGACGUUUUUUGACCACUGGACUAUGAAAGCACACACAUUUCUACCAAACAGCCACUGCAGCUUUCUUGCCAAGCCAAUACUGUAGUCCUAUCCUCCUCCUCAAAUCACACACUCCCGCUGGGCACAGCAUUCAGUCAACACACACAUACACACUUUUACUAAACCCCUCAGUMCCCUGACCCUACCUCAGUCAGAGAAGUCCUGGUUGUUUUUAAGUUAUAAGGACUGUAUGUCAUAUUUAUGGUUUAUACAGUCAAAUAUGAAAGUAUUUACAGUAUGUGUAUAUAUACAAAAUGAAUUUGAGCUUUUAAUGUUGAAUGUGUUGUUGUGUUGUUCRUGUUAUUUAUUAAACAUUUCAUUAUUUG